AUUUUGUUAUCGGACAAAAAGUAUAAUUGUUUUCCCUCUCUCUGUCGCUACUGGAUCGUCUACUCCGUUGAACGGACGUCGAUCGGACCAGGCCAUCGUGCUUCUCAAGAUCCAUACCAUAGCCGUCGCCAUCGCCAUCGCCAUCGCCAUCGCCAUGGUUCUACUGCAGCUAGACCCUUUUCUCAAUGAACUUACCAGCCUGUUUGAGCGCAGUACCGAGAAGGGUUCAGUCUGGGUUACUCUAAAACGCUCAUCACUGAAGUCCAAAGUGCAGAGAAAUAAAAUGACCACUGCUGGUCAACCCAUCGAGUAUCGAUGCCUCAUUCGUGCAACUGACGGAAAGAAGACAAUUUCAACUUCUGUUGGAGCAAAAGAUCACCUGAGAUUUCAAGCUUCCUACUCAACCAUUCUUAAAGCCCACAUGACUGCUCUCAAAAAGAGAGAGAGAAAGGACAAGAAGAAGGCAGCAGAGGCAGAGAAGGGUCUGAAGAAAAAACCCAGGAAAGUGUAAAGAGAGGCUCUCUUGCUUCUGUAGGUCCUCAAGGUAGUGUAACUAUUUCUUUGUUACCUUUGUUUUCACGAUGAUCCUUUGACCUGAUGAUGAGUGUUAUGCUUUCCCAUAAUUUCUUGGAAUGAAGAGGGAAGAAUACUUGAUCUUGUCCUUUGCUUGGCCAUUUUUUUUACUUACAACAAGAUUUAUAAUAUACAUGUAAUUUUACUGUAGAAUUGUCUGGAAGUAACUACUUUUGGUUCAUUUAA